CAAAUCAAAGGGCGAGUUGUAUAAAACACUCUCCCUCCCUCUCUCCCUCUUUAACUGGGGCUGGUUUAAGACUAGGAAGAGGCCUAACAUCACUCGGGAAACCUACAAUGUCACUAGAAGAUCCUUUUUACACCGUCAGAGACGACGUGAGAGAGUCUCUCAAUAACGCCCAGGAUUUGUACAGUCGCUGGUGCAUGCUACUAGAGGACCAGAGCGACUUAGAGAAGACACAAGGAGUGUCAACCGACCUAAGAUCAUGUAUCAAGAGCAUUGAAUGGGAUCUACAAGACCUGGACGAGACAAUAAGUGUCGUAGAAGCAAAUCCCCAGAAGUUUAGAGUGAGCACUGGUGAGAUAGAAACUCGUAAACAAUUCAUCCGAGACACAAGACAAGUGAUAAACAAAAUGAAAAGUCACAUGAGCAGUGAUCAAGCACAAAACAUGUUGGAGAACAUGAAGAGACAACAACUGUUAAGUUCUAGUCACGCUCAAAAAAAGAAACAUGGUCGCUACCAAAGACUAGACGAUGAACUUGAGCGCUCAAAUCAAGACUUUAUAGACCAACAGAGACACCAGCAACAAAUGCUAAUGGUCGAACAAGACAAGCAGGUGGAUAAAGUCUCGAACACUAUUGUCGUCUUGCACCAGAUGGGGGAGGAUAUUGGGAUAGAGUUAGACGAACAGAAUAAAAUGAUAGACGAGAUUGAUGAGGACAUGCAAAGAACAGAAACUAGACUCACGUCUUUAACGAAACGUGUUAAUACGGCCAUUAGGAAAUCAAGCGAUCGGUGUCAACUUAUUUGUAUCGUCGUGUUAAUAAUUGUCAUUGUACUGAUUGUCGUGAUGUUCUUUGUUCCUUUUUAAUCAAAACUUAAUCCUCUCUUUCUCUCAUCUUGUACUUCACUUUCUCUUGAAUCUCUUCCUUUAAUGUGCUAUUCAA